AUGCCUAGCUAUCAACUAUCUUUCUACAAAAUUCCUAGGAGUGUUAUGAAAGAUAUUACAGCUAUACAAAGAAGAUUCUUAUGGAACAGUGCUGGUGACAAUAACUUUAUUUCUUGGAUAAGUUCGAAUGACAUUUGUAAAUCAAAGGAGGAAGGAGGAAUGGGAAUUAAGCAUGUGGGGAAGUUUAACAAAGCUUUAUUGUCUAAAUGGCCAUGGAGGAUUCUAAGUGAUGAAGAUGCAAUUUGGAAGGGAAUCUUGAGAGGAAGAUAUGGAGAUGUUAUCAAAUGUAUGCGGGGGUGCAAUCCUAAAUUGGCAAAAGCAAAGGAAUCCCUCUGA